GUGGUCUCGCGGCCACUGAGGCGGCCGGCCGCGAUGGAGGGGGUCGGGCGGCAGAAGGCGAUGUCCUCCUCGGGCUCGUCCGGGGAAGAACAGUCGUAGCGGGCGAGAAGGAGGCUCGCGGGGGCGGGGCGGCGAAUAACGACGGUUGGAGAAAGCCGCUCGGCAGCGCGCAGGCGCGCCCAACCGCCUUUCUCAGUCCUUCUCGUAGCGGCGGUGGCGGCGGCCGUUGGCGUCUCGUGCCACACCCCCCUCCGGGAUCCGGAGGCAGCGCGGAGAAGGAGGCAGAGGCAGCGGCGGCGGCGGAGGGGCGUGAGGAUGGCGUCUUCGCCGCUGGCCGUGCGCGUCCAGCUGACCCCGGAGCCGGGCGGCGGCAGCAAUGGCAAUAGGAGCGACGCCCCGUCGGCGCAGGAGCGGCUCUUGCGGCGCGGGGAGCUGCUGGCGCUGGGCAACCACCUGAAAGAAGCGCUGGAGACUUACUCGGCGGCGCUGCGCCUCCUCGGCCCGGCCUCGCGCCGCCGCCUGAGCCCGCUGGUGGACUGCCUGGUGCGGCACUACCGCCUCCGGCUACCGGGGCGGCAGGGAGCCGACGGAGAAGGAGGAGGAGGGGCGGCGGCGGCGGCGGCAUCGUCGGCUGGGGGCUUGGGCGGGGACGCCCGCCUCCUUCCUCUGCCUCGCUUCGGCCGGACCAUUUCCCCUGAGGCGCAAGGAAGGCCCGGCGAAGAGGCGGGCGGAGGGGAUGAGCGAGCGGGGGACGGGAGCAGCCCGGCCGGACCUGGCGGCGCUGAGGCGGGACACUUGGCUCCGCUAGUUCAGAUAGAGAUAUUUAGACAAUAUCCUAGUGACUUGAUGCUGAGGAUUUAUAGAGCUGAAUCUUCUGCUGCCCUCCAAGAAUUUAAAUUUGCCCUAGAUGACCUGAAUGCUGUUAUCACUAAAAUGCCAAAUUGGCCUGAGGUGUACUUUAGACGAGCAAAAGUAUUUGAUAGUGCUGGCUCUGUAGAUGAUGCCUUACAGCUUUUUCUUCACUGCCUGGCUCUUGAUGAAGGAUUUCUUCCAGCAAAACUAGAAGUUGAAAAGAUGCUGUAUGAUUUACUGUCACCAGAAAAUGUGAGGGAGCACCUGAAGGAAUCUGCUUUGAACUCUCCACAUGCUCGAAGUAAACCAGUUAUACGUGGUUCUGAGGUGGAUUUAGAGCCAGAUUUAGAAGUACAUCAAGUUACAUCAGAACCUGUUGGAGGAAACCUGCCUCAUGCAGAGUCUACCCGAUCUCUUAUCUCAACAGAAAAAAUGGCCAAAGAAGAUGGAUUAAAAAGGGUUUCUUCUGAACCUCUGCUUUCUGUCCAGCAGAGAGGUCUUUACUUAAAAAGGAAGUUGUCCCUUUCAGAACAAGAUUUUACUGUUUGUGAAGACAGAAGAAAUAAACAUAAAAAACAAGGAGAAACUACAGAAAGGGACACUGACUUUCCAUUCAACUGUGGAGCAGUUCCAAAGGAAUUGAUUGAUACGUCAGACUUUGAGUGUUCACUUUGUAUGAGACUUCUCUUUCAUCCUGUGACAACUCCCUGUGGCCAUACUUUCUGUAAGAACUGUUUAGAGCGUUGUUUAGACUAUGCUCCUCAGUGUCCCCUCUGCAAAGAGAGCUUGAAAGAGUAUCUGGCAAGUAGGAAAUACAGUAUCACCCACUUGCUGCAAGUGCUAAUGAAAAAGUAUUUGCCUGCUGAGUUAGCUGAGAGAAAAAGGAUUCAUGAUGAAGAAACAGCUGAACAUUCAAGUUUGACCAGUAAUGUUCCAAUUUUUGUUUGCACUAUGGCCUACCCUACUGUGCCUUGUCCUCUUCAUGUGUUUGAGCCAAGAUAUAGACUAAUGAUUCGAAGGAGUAUAGAAACGGGGACAAAACAAUUUGGGAUGUGUAUCAGUGACCCACAAAAGGGUUUUGCAGAUUAUGGUUGCAUGUUGUACAUUAGAAAUGUUGACUAUCUGCCAGAUGGACGGUCUAUCGUUGAUACAGUUGGAUUAAGGAGAUUCAGAGUUCUGCAAAGAGGGAUGAAGGAUGGGUAUUGCACUGCAGACAUUGAGUAUUUGGAAGAUACAAAGAUUAAAGAUGAAAGUGAGAUGAAGAAACUUGGAGAGCUUCAUGAUUUUGUAUACAUCCAGGCUUGCAACUGGUUCCAAAGCUUAAGAAACAAAUUCCAUACCCAAAUACUUCAGCAUUUUGGUCCAAUGCCAGAGAGGGAAUCAAAUAUACAGGAAACGGCUAAUGGACCUGCUUGGUGUUGGUGGCUUCUAGCUGUCCUCCCUGUGGACCGUAGAUAUCAGCUCUCGGUGUUCUCUAUGACAUCUUUGGAAGAACGACUGAUAAAAAUUCAAGAUAUAUUGACAUAUUUCUCUAGAGACCAGUCCAAAUGAAUUCUUGAUCUUCUGGAAAUGCUCCCUGUUCUUGCAGCUGGAGUGUUUGCAGCAUUUGCACAUUUAAUGCUGGGUUGAGAACUAUCACAAUUGCUUAUUUUCCUGAAACAAUUAGUUCUUCACAUGGAUCCAGUCAGCUCAAAGGAUACCACAAAAAUUGCGCACCAAAUCAAUCCAGUAACAAAAGAUGUGGAUAAGUUCUACUGUAUUUGCACUAUAUACAAGUGAGAAUGUAUCUUUGAUUUGAAUUUUUCUGCUGACUUCUUGCAAGUGGUGGAAAGUGCUGGAUUUCAACCUUAGUCCAAGUUUACAACAUUAGGGAUAUGUUCAGAAACUUGCAAUUUGGAAUUUGCCUCAGGUGCAACGUGCUGUUGCUAUUUGCACAAGUACUUAAUGUAGUUUUGAAUGUUGCUAUGGGAAACUUAUUUUUGAGUGUCUUAACUAUAAAUGGUACACAUUAAUAUUGCAGACUUCACAAUAUUAAAAGAUUGUAGGAAUUUGGAGCCAUUAUAAAAACUGAAACACUUCACUUAAGAUGCAUCUUGAAACGCUGAACACAUUAUUUUGCAUUCUGAGAAGGACUGGGGUUGGACACAAAGUAGCACCAGGAUGUUUUCUUUUUCUCCAGGUGGCUGACCUUUUGAACACAAGUGCAUAACAGCUAUAGCUUAGUGUACUAGGAACUGUAUUAACGAUUCCUAACUCUAGUUUUGUGUACACUGCCUAGACACAAGUUAUCAGACUUGCAAAUAGUCUCUUUCUUCUAGAUAGUACCACGAUCAGCUCUCACUCACCAUACUCUUACAGACAAUUGAUGUGAAUGUUUAUUAGAAACUACUGAAGAUUUCCAGGUUUUUGCCAGUAUUGAGGGUUUCUAGUAAGACUAUCUUCCAUGCCUUAUUCAUAUCACUGGCCUGUAUCCUACCACUCGGCUCAGUAAAGUUUAAAAGCCUUCCUCAAGCUUAAGUUGAAAGAAGGCUGAGUGGAGCAGUAGAAUAAAAGCAAUGUUAUCAUACUACAGUGUAAAAUGUUGGCAUUCUG